CUUUGGCUCGUGCCUCAGUUUCAACCAGCGUAAGGUAUUUAUUUGUUAGUCAAGGUGCGUCAAGAUGGAGACGCAGUCUAUCGUUACUAUUGCCUGUGCCCAAUCAAACUUUCGCUGAUUCUUGGACUUCUACCUUUCACUAUCGUCGCAACAUGGUUCCAAAAUGGACUCGCCUUUUCCUCCCUCAUCCUCUUCUCCUGGCGAUGGCCACAUCGUUGUUGGCCUGCUCCCUGCCGGCGAGAGCGGUCUUGAGACCAUGACUUAUCAGUAUCCUUUGAAAUUAAUAUCCCCGGCUCCUUCGCCUAACCAGCCAAGCACUCUCGUUUUCCUGUUAUCUUAUGGAGGAGGGCUUGUUGCUGGAGACGGUGUCAAUCUGACAAUACACGUCAAGCCGCAGGCGAAGCUCAGCAUCGCUACCCAAGGUCACACAAAGAUCUUCAAAUCGCCUACAGCUGAUGUCAUCACAACUCAAAACUUGGACGUUACCAUAGACGAUGGUGCUUCCAUGUGUCUCCUUCCGGAUCCUGUCCAGCCGUUUGAGGAUAGUGUAUACGCCCAGAAGCAGAUAUUCAAGCUCAGAAGCCAAGCGUCGCUCUGUCUCUUGGAUUGGGUCACCCAAGGGCGUGUGGCUCGUGGGGAGAACUGGAGCUUCAGGAAAUGGACUGGGCGGAACGAGAUAUGGCUACAAGAUCCUCAAACAACUCCGACUGAUAGACUCUUGGUACGAGACUCACUCAUCCUAUCGAGAGAUGCGAGUAAGUCCGUGGGUCGCACACUACCAGAAAUGAUGCAGCAUAUGGCAAUAUCAGGAACUCUUAUAUUGCGCGGGUCCAAGACCAAAUCGUUGGGGGAGUUCUUUCAGAAUGAGUUUGCUGCACUUCCUCGCAUUGGAGCCCGGGACUUCCGCUCUCCAGAAGCGAUGGCGCGAAGCAUCAAAGAUGUUUGUGACUUUGAGCGUUGGCGACUACAGAGACUCAAAGAGGAGAAAGAAGGUGGUGUCCUCUGGUCUGCGGCCAAUGUUCGAGGAUGCGUGGUUAUCAAGUUUGGGGCAAAAACAGUUGAAGCCGGAAGAGAAUGGAUUGGAUCAAUGAUUAUUCAAGAAGGGAGCAUUGCUUCUGAAUUCGGUGAUAAAGCACUGAUGUGUCUUCGAUGAUACCAAGCUUUGGCUGCCAUCACAUGAGAAUAGGACGUGUUUUUUCUGGCACUUUUGAGAUGUAUGCCGAUUGGAUAUGCACAAUCAAUCAGCGACACCAUGUUUCCCGAUUUAGAAGGCUCGUCGGUACAUUCUUGUCUAAUUGUUCUCGAUGCGGGAGCAGUGCGGCUGGUGUAUAAUUGUAUUUUUUAUUCUGAGAUCGCCUUGGUUUACCAAAGCUUGAGCACCGCUUGAACAGCAAUCCAUUGUCUCCAGCCAAUACGAAGAGACCGCGGCUGGUGGGAUCUCAGAUCAAGCUUGCGCAAAUCACUGAGCAAGCAAAUAUUUAUCUUACGCCAGCUUUGUAUAUCAUACACCAUUUCCUGCAUCACCGCCCAUAACACUAUGGAAUCCCUGCUCCUCGGCACCGACUAACCGAAAGGCAUCACCAUUUACAUUAAGAUGAGGCAGCCUUUUCAUUCCAUUCAGCUCAUUGAAUUAUCUAUCUUUCUACUAAUAAACACGCCUAUCACACUGUCUAUCAAUCAUUCGUCGGCCAAUACCAUUUUUAUGAAGGAACCCAAACUCAAAAUGAGAGGAAAAUUCAACGCUAGCUUAGAUACAUCAUCGGUUGGUUGCAUAUUACCAUGGAUACUGCAUGGUCCCUGAGAAAGAGCUUUAUAUGAUGACUGACCACAGAAGAACUCGUUUGAGGUAUACGGGAUAAAUAGUAGUCAUGGCCCUGACCGUACCGCCCAUUAGACGCUGGCCAAUAGGAUCUCGACAGGAUUUCCAUAUUGGGAAACGACAUGUUAACGGAUAAAGGAUUCGAGAUUGACUUGGACUAGAGAUCCUGAACCAGGAUAGUUAAGCAUAAGCUUAGGAAUAUUUAAUUAUAGUUCAGGGUGAGAU